AUGGGCUCAUUCGGAGAAGUCACCGAGUUCGGUCAUGGCUUCAAGUCGCAGUUCUUGUUUGAUCCGAAAUACACCAAUCUGAACCACGGCUCGUUCGGCAGCUAUUCACUCCCUGUCCGCAAUGCGCUCCGUGGUUAUCAGAAAUUGGCAGAGGCGGCACCGGAUAAAUUCUUGCGCUACCAAUAUGUCGACCUUCUAGACAAGUCCAGAGAAAGGAUUGCGAGACUCCUCAACGUCCCGCCGGAUGAGUGCGUUUUCGUGCAGAACGCGACGUCCGGCGUCAAUACCGUCUUGCGCAACUUGCAGUACAAGGAGAAGGACUGUAUCAUAUAUUUCGACACCAUCUAUGGAGCCAUCGAGAAGACGCUGGCUUCUAUCGUUGAGACCAACCCUCAGCUGCAACUUCGUAAGGUGGGACACGGGCAAGACUUUGCCUACUCACUUCCUUGCACCCACUCUGAAAUCCUAAACGCCCUGUCGCAAACGAUAUCACGGGUCUUGUACGACGGGCUGAAUCCGAAGGUCUGUGUCUUCGAAACGAUCGUGUCUCUGCCAGGAGUUCGGUUUCCGUUCGAAAGAAUCACCAAGAUGUGCAAGGAAUAUGGUAUCCUGAGCUUGAUUGACGGAGCCCACGGCGUCGGACAAAUUCCUUUAAACCUAUCUCAGCUUGAUGCUGACUUCUUCGUCAGCAACUGCCACAAGUGGUUAUAUACCCCACGAGGCUGUGCUGUUUUCCACGUGCCCAAGCGUAAUCAGCAUCUCAUCCGGACUACUUUUCCUACCUCGCACGGAUUCGUGCCGCAGUCGAGCUCGUCCAUUCGCAACCCUCUUCCACCCACCGAGAAAUCAGCCUUUGUAAACCUUUUCCAGUUUGUCGCUACGGCCGAUAAUGCGCCUUACUAUUGUGUGCCGGCCGCUCUCAACUUCCGACAGAAUCUGUGCGGGGGAGAGGAGGCCAUCUACAACUACAUACGAGAUAUUGCGCAAAGAGGAGCAGAUCUCCUCGCCAUGCUACUGGGAACCGAAGUAAUGGACGACAUGGAUGCCGGAUACGGACUGCGGACCAUGGGAAGCUACGAAGCCAGUGACAAACGGGAGGGUGGUCGCAUUGGCUGGGCUGGUGGUCUAAGAGACUGUGCCAUGGCGAACAUCUUGCUGCCCAUCACCAUCGUCGGCGCAUACUCUCGUGGGAGCAUUAGCAUGGGACCUGGUGGGGCCGGGAGUGCUGGCGGUCUGUCUCCGGCACUGCGGCAGUCUUCUUACGGUUUCCCCAGUGCGAAUACUCUAUCGCAGAUGCGAUCACCUUCCGCCAGCUCAGGGAACCUCUUGGGCGAGCCCAGACGGUCGACCUCCCCGCUCAAUUCUCCGAGCCUACACUCGUCGGGUCCGAUCAUCAUUCAAGAAGCCGAUGUGCCGAUUCAUAGGGCGUGGAUGGAGAAAACGCUGGUGGACGAGUUCAACACAUUUGUUGCGAUUUAUGAGUACGAUGGAAAGCUCUGGACGCGGAUCUCGGGUCAAAUCUAUCUGGAGCUCAAGGACUUCGAGUGGUUGGGUGGUGUCCUCAAAAGUCUAUGCGAGCGCGUCAGGAUGGGAGAGAGUUUGCGGGGAAGAGCUAAAACCCCGGAAAUUGACAGGGUGCAAUUUGAUGCGUUGAGCCUGAAGUCGCCCGCCCCGUCGAGGCAGAAUACUGGGGAUGUCCUAAAGAAGUUCGAUGUGACUCAAGGUGGAUGGAUCGAUGCAUGA